GUGUCAGAAUCCCCAGAAGACCUUGGGUGCGUGCUGAGACCUGAGAGUGCCAGGGCAGUGUAUGAAGCUGCGGCUGUGGAAGUGGACGCAUCUGCGUCUGUCACACUGCAGGUGCUGGUCAGCAUCCCAGGGAACAUCUCCUGUCUCUGGGUCUUUAAACACAGCUCCCUGAAUUGCCAGCCUCACUUUGAUUUACAAAACAGAGGAGUUGUCUCCAUGGUCAUUCUGAAAAUGACAGAAACCCAAGCUGGAGAAUACCUACUUUUUAUUCAGAGUGAAGCUGCCAAUUACACAAUAUUGUUUACAGUGAGUAUAAGAAAUACACUGCUUUACACAUUACGAAGACCUUACUUUAAAAAAAUGGAAAACCAGGAUGCCCUGGUCUGCAUAUCCGAGAGUGUUCCAGAACCAAUUGUGGAAUGGCUGCUUUGCGAUUCACAAGGCGAAAGCUGUAAAGAAGAAAGUCCAGCUGUUGUUAAGAAGGAGGAAAAGGUACUUCAUGAAUUAUUUGGAGCAGACAUAAGGUGCUGUGCAAGAAAUGAACUGGGCAGGGAAUGUACCAGGCUGUUCACAAUAGAUCUAAAUCAAACUCCUCAGACCACACAGCCACAAUUAUAUCUUAAAGUGGGGGAACCCUUGUGGAUAAGGUGCAAAGCUGUUCAUGUGAACCAUAGGUUUGGGCUGAGCUGGGAAUUAGAAAACAAAGCCCUCAAGGAGGGCAGCUACUUUGAGAUGAGUACCUAUUCAACAAACAGAACUAUGAUACGGAUUCUGUUUGCUUUUGUAUCAUCAGUGGGAAGAAAUGACGCUGGAUAUUACACUUGUUCCUCCUCAAAGCAUCCCAGUCAGUCCGCUUUGGUUACCAUCCUAGAAAAGGGAUUUAUAAAUGCUACCAAUUCAAGGGAAGAUUAUGAAAUUGACCAAUAUGAAGAGUUCUGUUUUUCUGUCAAGUUUAAAGCAUACCCACAAAUCAGAUGCACAUGGACCUUCUCUCGAAAAUCAUUUCCUUGUGAACAAAGUGGUCUUGAUGAUGGAUACAGCAUAUCUAAGUUUUGCAACCAUAAACACCAGCCAGGAGAAUAUAUAUUCCAUGCAGGAAAUGAUGACGCUCAAUUCACCAAAAGGUUCACGCUGAACAUAAGAAGGAAACCUCAAGUGCUCGCCGAGGCAUCCGCGAGCCAGGCGUCUUGUUCCUCGGAUGGAUACCCAUUACCAUCUUGGACCUGGAAGAAGUGUUCAGACAAGUUUCCCAACUGCACAGAAGAAAUCACAGAAGGCGUUUGGAAUAAAAAGGCUAACAGAAAAGUGUUCGGACAGUGGAUUUCAAGCAGUAUCCUAAACAUGAGUGAGGCUGUGAAAGGGCUCCUGGUCAAGUGCUGCGCAUACAAUUCUGUUGGCAUAUCUUGUGAAACAAUCCUUUUAAACUCACCAGGCCCCUUCCCUUUCAUCCAAGACAACAUCUCAUUCUAUGCAACAAUUGGGCUUUGUCUCCCCUUCAUUGUUGUUUUAACCAUGCUAAUCUGUCACAAGUACAAAAAGCAAUUUAGGUAUGAAAGCCAGCUGCAGAUGGUGCAGGUGACCGGCUCGUUGGACAAUGAGUACUUCUACAUUGAUUUCAGAGAAUAUGAAUAUGAUCUCAAGUGGGAGUUUCCAAGAGAAAACUUAGAGUUUGGGAAGGUACUAGGAUCAGGUGCUUUUGGAAAAGUGAUGAAUGCAACAGCGUAUGGAAUUAGUAAAACAGGAGUCUCAAUCCAGGUCGCAGUCAAAAUGCUGAAAGAAAAAGCAGACAGUUCUGAAAAAGAGGCGCUCAUGUCAGAACUCAAAAUGAUGACUCACCUGGGAAACCAUGAGAAUAUUGUGAACUUGCUGGGGGCAUGCACACUGUCAGGACCAAUUUACCUGAUUUUUGAAUAUUGUUGCUAUGGUGAUCUUCUCAACUAUCUAAGAAGUAAAAGAGAAAAAUUUCACAGGACAUGGACGGAGAUUUUCAAGGAACACAAUUUCAGUUUUUACCCCCCUUUCCAAUCAAAUCCAAAUUCCAGUAUGCCUGGUUCAAGAGAAGUUCAAAUACACCAGGACUCGGAUCAGAUCUCAGGGUUCAAUGGGAAUUCAUUCCAUUCUGAAGAUGAAACUGAAUAUGAAAACCAAAAAAGACUGGAAGAAGAAGAGGAUUUGAAUGUGCUUACAUUUGAAGAUCUUCUAUGCUUUGCAUAUCAAGUUGCCAAAGGAAUGGAAUUUCUGGAAUUUAAGUCGGCCCGUCUGCCUGUAAAAUGGAUGGCUCCUGAAAGCUUAUUUGAAGGCAUCUACACAAUUAAGAGUGACGUCUGGUCAUACGGAAUAUUACUCUGGGAAAUAUUCUCACUUGGUGUGAACCCUUACCCUGGCAUUCCAGUUGAUGCCAACUUCUAUAAACUCAUUCAGAGUGGAUUUAAAAUGGAUCAGCCAUUUUAUGCUACGGAAGAAAUAUACUUUAUAAUGCAAUCCUGCUGGGCUUUUGAUUCAAGGAAACGGCCGUCCUUCCCUAAUCUGACUUCAUUUUUAGGAUGUCAGCUGGCAGAUGCAGAAGAAGCGGUAUGUAGCAGCGAGGAGUUUAUAGAACAUUAUCGUAAAGGAAAUUGGUAAUUUAAAAUACUUACUGGUGACUUCCUAAGAAUCCAGAGGUACCAGGUCAUCUUU